AUUCUCAAAGACUAUUUACCGUACCCGCCAAAUUUCCAAUUCCCUCUCCCUCCAAAUGUCACACUCAGUAGAAGAGCAACUCUCCCUCUUUCGUUACCUUCUCCAAACCAGAAGUUUCAACGAAUCCACGUUCCGAUUUCUGGAAUCGCUUUUGGUCUCAAAAGAUGUGAAAUCAUUGAUCGAAACUCGAUCCAGCUUGAAGCAACUCCUCAAAUCUGAAUCAAUGUCCAUUAUUCAUUCAAUCGCCACAGAAUCCGUUCACGAUAAGCUCGUCGUUCUCGAUUUCUUCGUCCACGCUUUCGCUCUUGUUGGAGAUCUAGAGAGUUGUUUGGCUUUGAGAUACGAGGCUUUAGUAAUGCGAGAACUCAAAUCUGCUAGUUUUCAACCGCUACAAGUUUCUCCGGUAGAAUGGUUGAAUUUUGUGGAGGACGCUGUGCACAACGGUUUCCACUCUGUUGCAGUGAAGGCAUGUGAAAAUGCAUUGCGGUGCAUUGAAAAUAACGAUGUGCAAAAGCUUGGAAGAGACAUGCUUCCUGAAAAUUUGAAGGCUACUACUAUCAGCGAGAUUACUAGGCUCAGGAACUUUGCACUGACAUCAGUUUUUUCACGUUCUGUUCAGGUGCAAGCAACAGAGUACCUAGAAAGGAAAACAAGAGAGCAGCAAAAGUUGAACUUACCAUUCAAAGAAAAACGAUGUCUAGCAAGCACUUCUUUCAGAAAUGGAAUUAAAAGACAAAAUAUGCGAAAGUUACAUGAACGACAAGGUCUUUUGCAGGUGAAUGGUGCACUGCCUGAACGACAUCCCAAUUUGAGGUAAAAUUAAAUCCUGUUGUUGAUCAUGACUUUUUGGUGAUUUAUUUCAUUGUUUGAGCAUGCGAAGUUUCAAAUUUCAGCUUGUCUUUGUAUUUGCUUGUUAAACCUCGAUCUCUAUUUGGUUUUUUCACUUUUCACCAGUUGCAAGAAUAAGUUGUUUACUCCAUAUAGUAUUUGAGAAGUUAAUGAAGAUGAUACUAUAUGAAUUUUUGGGGUUAUAGAUAGGUUGAUUUGGGAAGAGGAACACAAAGACUUAACUUAGAGGUUAUUGGUUCUGCUCCUUUUACUUACUAUUUGUAUUAGCAGUUAGAAAAACUGUGGUUUACCCGUUUGUGGAUAGAAAUUGCAAUUCUGAGUUUCUUUUAUCAAGACCAACAUCCUUUUAAUUUUUGUGAUAUAUUAAAACCAGUAGUGCAGAUUGCAAGUUGCAACCUCCAGGUGUAUAAGCAAUUACGUGGUGUUAGUUAUAAAAAAAGCCAUCUCACUUGAUUCAUCAACCUCGUGGUUAAGCAAGCUCUUUUGAUUGUUUUAACUAAAGUUCUUUUGAUAACAAAACCUUGGAAUGGCAAGUCUUAAGAUCUUUAUCUUAGUAAUGCUAAAAUUCAUCUUGAGUUUGAGGAGUUUUUCGGAUAUUUAGGAAAAUAUAGAAGGGAAUACAGUCAUUUUCUUCGUUAGAUGUGUGAGCUAUGGUCAAUAUAUUUUGUAAUUUGUGAGGCUAAAUUGAUCAAUCAAAAAUAGAUUUUGGAUUCAAACAAAUUAA